AUGGUAAAGGGAUUUUAUGAUCGAGUGUCCUGCAAGGAAGUCUGCAGCUACUGGGAUGUUCUGAACUACCUGAACCUGACCACUGAUGCCAGCAUGCAUAAAAUGACCCGACCGGUCCGGGACUACACGACGCCCACCAUGGUGCAGCUGGACAUCCUCCUCUAUGCCAUCCUGGCCGUGAUCGAGAAAACCCAAACCUUCAUUCCUUUCAUCUGGGUGACGAUGAAGUAUAACAACGAGUUCAUCUCGUGGGACCCCGAUCAGUUCUGUGGAAUCACUCAGGUUUCGGUUCCUCGAGAUCUUCUCUGGAGACCCGACCUCUUCAUCUUUGAGAUGAUACAGAAGGACGAGUCCCCUCAGACCCCCUUCAUCAUCAUGUACCACGAUGGGACCAUCUCGUUUGAGGGGGACAUGAAGGUGGUCAGCACCUGCAAGUUGGACGUCCACAAGUUCCCCUUCGACACUCAGAAAUGCAGCAUCUCCAUCGGUUCCACGAGCCACUGCGCGGAUGAAAUAAAACUCUUUCCUUUCUCAAAUGCGUCUCGAGCAACGCAGUUUUCUCGAGAGCUGAUGAAGACUCAGGGGGAGUGGGAGUUCGUGCAGCUGUCCAUCACCAACAGCAACUUCACCUUCGACAACAAACUGUGGGACCAGCUCUCGUACACUUUCACCAUGAAGAGGAGGCCGCUCCUCCACGUCAUCAACUUCCUGCUGCCCAUCCUCUUCUUCCUCACUCUGGACCUCGCCUCCUUCUUCAUCUCCGACCGCCGAGGGGAGAAAAUGGGCUUCAAAGUCACCGUGCUGCUGGCCAUCUCCGUCCUGCUGCUCAUCCUCAACGACAUCCUGCCCUCCAUGUCCAACAAGACUCCGCUCAUAGCGACCUACUGCAUUGUGAUUUUUGCUCUGAUGCUGCUCAGCCUGCUGGAGACGAUCUUGGUCACGUAUCUGAUGGAAAAAGAGUCUCAGGACAAGCUCAGGCUGAAGGACGACGGGGAGGGCAAGGAGGAAAAAGUCAAAACCGACGACUGUAAUGACGAGGAUAAAAAGCAGAACUGCUGUUUGUGCGUCUGUGCUGUGCCUGCUGGUGAGAAACAACACGAGCUGCUGCCUGCUGUCGAAGAGGUCAACAGCAGCGUUCACUCAGGAGAGUCCUACGUGCUGCUGCUGAUCCUGGAGGAGCUGAAGCAGCUGCAGAAAACUCUGAACCUGCACCUCGGCUGCAAAGCAGACGGAGGGAAGUCCGCCCGCUGGGCCGCCAGGAUCAACAAGGCCUUCUUCGUUUUCUACCUUCUCACUGUGUCGCUCUUUCUGUGCUUCAUGUACAUCCAGUGGAACUCUUAGAAACGUGGGACGGCUCCUUGUGAUGCUCGUGUUUUAGAUCGUCGGUGUCUGAACAUGAUGUGGUAGCUGAGAGAGUCAGUAGGAUCGCUGGUUUAUAUUUUGUGAGCAAUGUCGACGCACAAUGCAGGAAAUAAAAAAAAACACAGAUUC